UCUUCCUCUUCCGUCCUCGACCCGAAUCCCCCGGCGACCCUUCCUCCAUCUUAUCUCGACGCAACCCUAGCUGCCAUGGUCCCUGCUUGGGUCUUGCUCAAGCGCAGAAUUUACAUCGAGCACGACGCGACAGCUUCCGGUUGCGCGAGCGAAGCAGGAGAAGAGCAGAUGGGAGGCGAGACCGCGGGCGGAGCAGGAGAAGAGGCGAUGGGCGGCGAGAGCGCGGGCGGAUCAGCAAAAGAUUCGAUGGGCGCGGGCGAACCAGGAAAGAAGUCGAUGGGCGGCGCGAUCUCGGCCGAACCAGGAAAGAAGUCGAUGGGCGGCGCGAUCUCGGCCGAACCAGGAAAGAAGUCGAUGGGCGGCGCGAGCGCGUGCGGAUCAGGAAAAGAGUCGAUGGGAAGAGCGGGCGGAAUUGUAGAGCGCCGCCAAGACAUAACUGACGCCAUCCUCCACUACCUGCAGAGCCUGAAACCAGAUCCACAUUUCGCCAAUCCACUGGAAGUAUCUGCCCUUCGCUUACUGCGACCGACAGAAUCCAUCCCGCGGCUAUGCGGAGGUAUCACGUCCGCCUUCAUCGUGAGCGCAGAUAAGAACCUGGUCGCCCUCUAUGCCGGCCCUUAUCGUGCCGGCACCGAUUUGAAAGGAGGCUAUCUGAUCUACGACGCCAGCAAGAACUCCCUCUCGACCAUCCCCAAGCCUCCAUAUGACUACUCCCGUAAUGAGCUUGGGCUCGGAGCCGUCGUCGUGACCCUUGUGGGCGAGGAGGACACCUACUGUCUUUGCGAACUCACCAAGAUAAGAGACUCUGACCCUCCUGAAGCUGCACUCUGCACCUGGCGGCCGUCCUCACAAGAAUGGAUGGUCGAGGUUGCGAGCUUCCCUACCGAGCUGUCCCCGCCCAACUACUUUUUCAUGGCUGACAUGUGCUUCUCAUAUCAAGGCUCCAUCCUCUGCUGGGUGGAUUUGUUCAAAGGAAUGGUGGUUUGUCGCUCGAUGCUUCAGAUUGGUGGCCGCCCAGAGCUCAGCUUUAUCCCGUUGCCUCGAGAGUGUGCUACCUAUGACUGCAGUGGCGAAGGGUCUGAACCUCCACGGCGGGCAGAGGAGUUCCGUUCCAUUGCCUGUGUCGGUGGAAGCAUCAAGCUCGUCACCAUGAAUGGCUAUGGUCAGCGGCCUGGACAUGAAUUAUCGCUGACCAUCUGGACUCUGUCGAUGGACCUCGGUGGUUGGAAUAAAGGUAAGGAGUACCGUGUGAGAGACAUCUGGGCGAGCGAGGCCUACCUCUCGUUGGGCUUGCCAAACAUCUUGCCAUCGUUCCCCGUGCUGAGCAUGGACAAGGAUGAUGUCGUCUGCCUAGUCGUCACUCACUGGAACAGGGCAGUCGAUGGUAAAGUGGAGUACAGAGGCCAGUAUUUGCUUUGUGUUGACAUGCAGCAUAACAAGGUCUUCCUCCGUUCAACAAAUACAGAGCAACUACGUUCCCAACUCUUUGCCAGUGAGUGUAGUGCAUACCCACACUGCUUAGAGGACCACCAGGGUAAGUUCAAAGCAAGAAAGGUGGGGUCAAGUGGAAAGAUGGGGAUGCUUUGAGAUCUUCGCAAUGUGUCUUGUCGAAAUUUGGACCAAGGCCGUCACAUGCUGUUACAAGAAUGUGCAAGUGAUUUAGCUAUAAGUUCGAUCUUAUAGUCAUCUUUUAGUAGGAAAAACUUAAUGAACUUCGAGAUAUCUGUCAUAUGUCAUGUGGAUUUCUAC